AUGCCUCCUCCGAGAAAGCCCGACCCUACUCAUAUCUUGUCCUUCACCACCAACUCUUUGCGUAAUACAACGGCCUCCGUUGACGAUGAUACCUUCUUCUAUGAAAUCGUAACGCGCUUCUGGCACCCUCAUCUCACUAAGAUCUUCAAGCUCGACAAGGAGGCGCGUCAGAUGCUUCUAGUCGGCGAAAUCGAACGCGAACCCAACCGGGAGCCGCGUGUUCGGAUUGGGGGUGAACAGAGCAACUGGAUGUCUGUCGAUGAGUUCGUUAGGUGGGACCCGGACAUGCGAAGUGGCACUUGGAUGACAACUGAGGGCGACGAGUUUCGCUGGAAGAAUCACAAGCGGCGGUUGCAAUUGGUGAAAGCAGGCGACGCCGAAGCGGCUCCAAUUGCGAGAUACAUACCUUACACUCGCCACUUCUUCGUUAUGCUUCUCGACAGACACGCUGCGCUCGAGGUCAAGGAUGAAGCAUUGGGCUACAUGGAUCAGCUCAUUAUAAGCUAUCUACUCGCUGAGAGGAAGCGCCGCGACCGGCGCAUCAGGGUCAAGAUCGGGCGCUCGUAG